AGUCAUGGGUGCGCGUACUACAUUAUGAAAAGUUAACGUGACUACAAAAUACUUAUUUGGCAAGUGCAGCCAUUGUCUUAUAAACAAAGUGGAAAAUGACUAAACAAAAACACACACAUGCAAAACAAAAAGUGAUGACGACCAGAUAAUUUCAUUUCUUACUUCCCUGGAGCUACUAGCCAUACCUAGAAGUAGAAAUAUUGUUAGGUACAAGAUAAAACAGAAUCUAAACAGCACACAUACACAUAUAUGCAAUGUCAUAUCCAAGACAACCAACUGCUCCCUCAGCUCCUACUGCACCUCCACUUAAUGUAACAGUAAAUGUGACACCGCAACCAGGAGCAUCUCCACCUUAUUCUGCUGCUGUUGGGAACCCAUCCCAUCAACAGUAUCCACCACCAACACUGGAAGGUCAGUAUCCACAGCCGCCACCUCAAGCAUAUCCACCACAAGGAAGUUACCCCCCGACAGGAGGAUAUCCACAACCAGGAGGAUAUCCACCACCAGGGGCGUACCCACCACCAGGGGCAUACCCACCACCAGGGGGAUACCCACCACCAGGAGCACCAGGACAAUAUCCACCUAUGCAGUACCAACCAGGUCAGUAUCCUCCUAGACCUUAUCCUCCAAUGCAACAACCCACGGGACAAUACCCAACUGGCACUUACCAGCAGCAACCAAACACACAUGUAAUACCCCAUCAACAGCCAGGUACUAGAAGUGCUGCACCAUUCGCUGCUGGAUCUAUGGUGGGUGCUGCAGCUGUGGCGCCAGUCGUUGUUCAGAAAAAGAGUAAGGGCAAUAAAAAAUUACUAGGUGGUUUAGCAGCAGGUGCGGUAGGCGGUUAUGCUUUAGGUAAACUUGUUGGUCAUGGUCAUCAUGGUUUUGGAUUUGGUGGCUGGAGUGGGAGUAGCAGUAGUAGUAGCAGCAGCAGUGAUUCUGACUAAAAAAAGUGUUGAAAUACUUGUUGAAAUACUUGUGCCAAGUGAUGGUUUAGUUUUCAAAUGUUUAAUUGUGCAUUGAUAUUUGGAUUAUGUUGCCAGGAAUACAUAUUUCUCAACCUUGAAUAUGUAUAUAAUAAAACAUUUUGUUAUUACAUGACAUUUAGUUUUUUAGAGAUUAUUUUUUUAAGAUAGCUUAUAAUUUUAUUUUGUUUGAAAUUGGAUAAUAAAAUAAUAAUUUCAAAAAUGAAAUAAGCAACAAGUUCAAUGGAAAACUUAAAAGGUUUAUAUUAUAUGUAUAUUGCACGCAACAAUGUUGGAUUCCAGUUCAUACAAUUAGUUAUACAUUAUUGCAUUCAAGAUGUUUUCAACAAGCCCAAUUUAUUUACACGAAUUUUUGGCCACAAAGGUAAGGAAUUUAUUGAUGAAUUUAUGUAAAAAGUACAUCUCAUGGCCAAUGGAAAAAAUAUGAAAAAUAUUGUAUAUAACAUGCAAUAUACACCAUUUCUUUAUAAGCAAGUGAUUAUUUUGGUCAGACCUCAAGUUGCUUAUUUUUUAAUGGAUAACUAGAUCUUUUGCUUAAUGGUUGCUUAAUUUUAUUCAACUAAUUUUUCGUAAUUUCUAUGUAAGAAGGGAAAGAAGAAAGUAAGUCAUAUUUUUGGUAAAAUAAAGUUUCUGAAAAUAAACUUAGUGUGCAAUAAAGAAGUUAUUGUAGUUUUCUUUUCUUGGAGUUUUGUUUCUUUCGUUUCGAAAGCGAUAAAUGAUUUUGUUAGUUGCUUCUCCUUGUGUGAGUUGCUUUCAUUUUUGAAAUCCAGUUCAGUUCGUGGUAACAAAAAUCAUGAGAACUACCCUCUAAAAAUUACGUCUACAGUUAUUUUUAAGCAUUGGUGAGAUAUCGGAACAGGCCAAACGCAUAAGCAACAAAUCAGAUUGAAUUUACUGAAAAAAUAACCAUCAAAGUAAAUUUCAUGCUGACUUCCUGCGUUGUUAAAAAAUUUGUAUUAAAAUGAAAAUGUUUGACUAAAUGACAAAAAAUGAAAAAUAUGAUGGAGAUAAGAAUUUUUGAUAUAUAUUUUCAAUAUUAAUAUUAAUAUUUAUUAUAGUAUAACAUGUUCUCUUGCUUUUUUUUUUUUAUUUUUAUAUUCUUUUAUUUUUUGAUUUUAUUGUCCAGUUAAUUCAGUGUCUAGCUAAGUUCGUGGAAGCACUAAAGCUGGCGAAUAUAAUGAUUAAUUCUUAUGACCAGUAAACCCCUUUCUACUUUCUUUAUAGAAAUUUAAAUAGAAACAGUGAAAAUGUCCAUUUAAAAUUUGGCUUUAAAAACUAUUCACUGGCCCUAUAUGGAACUUACUUGAGAGUAAUAAAAUAUUUUAUUUCAAUCAUUACUUUUAUUAGGGCGGGUGCAUAAGGUCCGUUAAAUACACUGCGAUUUCCACUGAUCUAAAAAUUUAAAAAUGAUAAAUUUUUGAAAUGUGUUUUAUUUUCUUCAGUUCCCAAACAUUUUUUUUAUUUUGUUUACGUUGUACAUCACAGAGGAAUUUAAAUUUUCGUUAUUUUGCAUUUUUGAAGAAGAGUUGUAUUUAUAAUUAGACAUACACUUUUUGUAAAUAAAUCUUAAAUUUGAUAGAAAUGCAAAAUUUCAUUCUUUUCACAUCUCCCUGAACAUUGAUUUUUCACACUGUUACUUCUAUUGUAAUCACCUCCUAUGUGCCAAGAAAAGUUGGAAAUAUAUUUAUUUUUCGGGCUAUCGGAUUUGCACAUGCGCAUAUUACAAUAAGUAUUAAUGUUCCACGUGGUGUCUCAUCAAACUCUCUUGCUGUGGCAUCGCAAACCUUUAAAAGAGUUUAAGAAAUAAGCCUAAUUUUUCCUUGACACUCGGUUAACGCAACUUUCAAACUCUUUCUUACUUCUCUAUUUUAUUUUUUAACAGUAGCGAAAUAUAUGUCGUGAAACGAGAUUAAGGGAUAUCGAUCUCCUGUUUGAGCACCUUAUUGAGAUGAAUUGAUAUCUCAAUAGUAUCCUACCACUCUCUACUUUGACUAUUUUGAACGAAGAAAUAGCAAAAAAUAUGUUAUUCACUCCCGCAUUCUUGAUUCUGUUUUGAAAGUUCGAUGUAGUUAUCGAAAAGUCUGGAGAAACGUGAAUUUUUAGUUCUGAAAAUGAAGAUUAUUAUUUCCAGCGGUGUUCAAUAUGUCACAAACCGUCGACAAAAUCAUUAAACAUUCUAGUUAUUUUGAAUGUAAGAUUGAAAAGUUCAUAGGUGGACCGUUGUGUUUGCUUUUGUUGAACAUUUACUUAAUUGUCAUCUGUUCAGUUUAUUCAAAGUUGAAAAUCUGACUUAGAUAUCAGAUAUUCAAUGCAUAAGUAUUUUUAGUUUCCGAUACAUAAGGUGAAAUUAGAAUAAUAAUGCGUACUAAUUUUCGAGAUCGACAGUUGUUUACUACCGCCAGCCCCGUAUUUCAGCCCCGUAUGGACUAAUCCAUACCAUAUUUUUAGCCAAUAACCUCCUCACAAGACUUGUUAGAGACCAUUUUAAUUUUGUAGUAGUUACUGUGAAUUUAGUUGCUAAACUCUAUCAUUGGUUACUACUGUUGUUCUUUACUUUGUUGGUCAAUAUCGGGAAAUUCUUUGUUUUGAGCGCGAAUGACCUUACUCACCCUAAUUAUAUAUUAUUAAUUCUGGUAUUAUUUAAGAGGGUAAGAUGUGACCACGCCGACUUUCUGCUCA